CAACAAUAUCACUCUUUGAACGAGACAAACGCAAGAUAGGGACGAAAUUGCUUCAUACAAAAUAACAUAUCGAAAAUAUGGCAGUCCUUUCCCAAACACAUGUGUCGUCAGCAGACGUAACAGUAUCGAGUCCUGGAAUAAGCGCGGAACAGGGAGGCAGCGGGGCUAAAGUUCAAAGUGGAGGGAGCAACGCACCUAUCCUAUCCCCAUCAACAGUGUCCCAGGUAUCACAGGAAGACAAUAAUACAGGAGGAGACGAUGAUUCGGAGAACGAUAACAAUUGGAAAGGUCAAUCUUGGAGUCAAGAAGAUGUAAGAUUCAGUUCUAAAUAUAAAAAGACGUAUCAUGGUUGUUGCGAUCGACAGUCUUGAAAUCCAGCACAAACUCAUACCAAAUUCUAUUCUUUUUUCUUUUUGGACAUUCAGGAUAAAAAGUUGAAGUCGAUUGUGUCUGCACGAAAGAAAGCUCUACGAAAGAAAAAGAACGGACAGCCAGCAGAUUCUUCAGAUCUAAUGAUUAACUGGCAGGGGAUCGGCUCAACCAUGGAGAGGGACGGUGAAAAAUGCAAAGAGCGAUAUGACUUUUUGCGGCAAUCUCAAGGGGGUAGAGGACCUGUCCCGUGGACUCGUCAGGAAGAUGAGCAGAUACUCGCUCUUGUGGCACAACACGGUAAGUGAUUGAAAUUAGAACUCCUAUCGUUACGGGAUGAUCUAGCAAUUCGUUUGUUCGGCUUGGCGUAUCAUAUCUUAUUCAUUUCUUUUUACCUCUGCUAAUCGAUAUACAAACAGGUGCCAAGAAAUGGAGUUCGAUUGCAAAUAGCAUCGCAGGGAGAAGUGGGAAACAGUGCCGUGAGCGAUGGCACAAUCAUCUGAACCCUAAUAUCAAUAAGUCAAAGACCUGGACGAUGGAGGAAGAUCGGAUAAUUAUUGACAGUCACAUCCGUUUUGGAAAUCGCUGGGCGGAGAUUUCGAAGAUGUUGAAUGGUCGUACUGACAAUGCCAUCAAGAACCAUUGGAAUUCAUCCAUGAAGAAGAAGAUUGAAAAGUAUCUCGAGAGAAAACGGGUCGAUCCUACAGCUCCCGUAGUCGAUGAGUCUGGCAGGUUCUUACUCAGACGAGAGGAUAUUGAGGGAUGCCUACAGGCUCUACAGCAAUCAGGCUCUAAUUCAAAAAGCAUCAAAAAUCAAGCGAAAUCUUAUGCUGGAAGACCGCUCGGAAGUACUCGUUUAAAUCACAUGCAUCCAAAUAGAAUGGUACCUCUUGCAACUCCGAUGUCCGCAGCCCAGAACCCAGCUGCUUACAAUUCGAUGAUGAAACGACAAUAUGAUGCGAUGAUGGUUGGUGCCUAUCCCGGCAUGGGGUAUACGCCAAAAAGUGUCAAACGAGUCAAGUCUAGUUCGGAAUAUAACAAAAACUCGAAGCUUGCAGAGAUGUCUCCUGUCAACAAGAAGAUCUUGGAAGAAUUUUUGAGUGAACUCAAAGGCGGAUAUAUAAAAGGCGUGUAUCACUCCGCAUUGGAGAGACGACGGAUUGUGGAAAAGGCGGUGAAAAGUGGUUCAAUCGGCGAGCUGAAUGCACUGGGUCUAUCUCAGUCUGAAUAUAGUCGUUUGCAAAAGGCAGUGCCGAUGAAUCAGAGUCGACGUCAUCUAGAUGGCCCCAAAUGGGCAACACCGCAACAGCAGUUGUAUCCACAUCACCAUCGUUAUAGCAAUGGGUACAUGGUUCCGCCACAUCCUAUGCAUUGGGGGCAUCCUUCACCCCUCUAUCCGAUGGCACAGUUGUUCCCGGGGUACCCACCAGUACGUCCACCACCUACAACGCCACUUCCUACGAACAAUUUGCCUACCCCAUCAAGCACCAAGGAUUCCACUCAACUUCAACAAGCUUCAAGUAAGAUUGAAACCUUGUCCAAUUCGUUAAGUUUGAAGCAUUCUCCGAUAUUGAGAACGAAAGAUAAUACAGUCCAGAAAGAUACAAAAUCGAAGGACAAUUUCGAGUUGGGCGAAUCGUCGGAUCUAGGGUACACUCUAGAUGAAUACGCUCUACUUGGAAGUCCAUGUGCAAAAGGAUCGAAAAGCAAUUGUUUUAGCCCAUUUCUCAUCCCAACACCGAAUAAAUCAAGUACACCGGGAAUGUGUACAAGCUGGGGUGGAGACGAUGCAAAAUUGCUACAUGACACUUUUUCGAAAGGUUAUGUUUCGUCUUCGAAGUCUUCGUCGGCAAACACGCCUCGAGUCUUCUUCAAAGACGACCUUACAGAACAAUCGAUUCUGCUUGAUAGUGGUACAAAAGUCAAGCAUACAAACGAAGAAACUCCCUUUCAAAGCGAUUUCACAAUGACACCGGGUCGUCCAAAAAGUCGUAUUGGGGUCGUCACUGGUAGUGGUCGAGAACGCAUUCGUGGUGCAAUGGUCGAUGAAAGGGAUAAUCUUUUGUCAACUGCAAUCCUCGCCACCCCGAAAAGCCCUAAAUCAGGGAAUGUUCAGGAAAUUGACCACUCACUGCACCAUAUUGACGCAUACAGUGUGAUUAAAUCGCCACUACAUUUUGGGUCUCCCAUCGUGAAAGCAGCCGCGCGGAGUCCGAUGCGACUACUUUGAUUUGUUUCUGCGAUCUAAACAUUUAUGUUUGCGUGUGAGAUGUUCCUUGAAAAAGUCUCAUGCCCUCGCUACUUUGAAGAUUUCCAGAAACUUUCAGUGGGGCUCCUAGUGAGGAUGAUCAAGUCUUGGACUGAGUAAAUGUGUCCAAAUCAAUACUUGGAGGGGUU